GAAGCCUAACGUGCACUAAAGUGACGUUUGAGCCACCAACUCGGGUUUGUUUUGGGGUUUGUUGUGACGUUGUGACGUAGGAAUCCGGAGGCGAAGACAGAGCGUUCCAAGGCUGUGGCCAAUGCCCUCGUGGUGGUGCUGCUGUCGAGGCCACAAGGAUGUCUCUGAAAUGCGUUCCCUCGACUUCUCUCACCACGCACUCAAUGACGUUCCGCCCGACGUCUUUGCAUUUGAACGCACCCUGGAAGAACUUCAUCUCAAUUCCAAUCGCAUCACCGAUCUUCCCCGUCAACUCUUCCUCUGUCACGAGCUGAGGCGACUUUAUCUGCAGGAUAAUGAUCUGGCCAGCAUACCAGCUGCCAUUGGAACCCUCUCAAAUCUUCAGGCAGUAGAUCUUAGUCGCAAUAAUCUCACAGAUAUCUCUGAUGAUAUUAGACACUGCCGAAACCUUCAGGUGCUCAAUCUCAGUGGCAAUUCCUUGAGUCGCCUCCCUGAUGCCUUGACGUGCCUUCUAGCCCUCCAGGAGAUGUACCUCAAUGACACUCUGCUCGAGUACCUUCCUGCCAAUUUUGGCCGUCUCACGGCUCUCCGUGUUCUUGAAUUGCGCGAAAAUAAUCUCAUGACUCUGCCACGAAGUAUGGCACGUCUUGAGAAUUUGCAGCGUAUUGACUUGGGUGCCAACGAGUUCACAGAACUCCCUGAAGUUGUUGGCCAUCUUGCCAAUCUCACUGAACUUUGGGUGGACAGCAAUCGGAUUAGGCGAAUCUCCUCAAAUGUCACAAAUCUCCGGAAAUUGCAACACUUUGAUGCCAAUGGGAAUCUCCUCACAGCACUUCCGGAUGAAAUUGGAGUAUGGGUUCGUCUGCAGGAGCUCAGUUGUUCAGCCAAUGAACUGGAAUAUCUACCACCGUCUAUUGGAAACCUCAAAUGUCUCGUUACUCUCAAGUUAGAUGAGAAUCACCUGCAGGAACUACCAGACUCAAUAGCUUACUGCGAGAUGCUGGAAGAGCUUAUGUUGAGUCACAAUCUCCUGCGCACCCUACCACACACAAUAGGUCUCCUGCGUCGAUUGAGAGUCUUGUCUGUGGAUGAGAAUCAGCUAGAAUGCCUUCCAGAGGAACUCUGCAGCUGCACUGCCCUAUCAAUCCUCAGUGUCCGGGGCAAUCGACUCCAAUGGCUGCCCAGCAACAUGGGCCAUCUUGCGGCGUUGCGGGUCAUUAAUGUUGUAGGCAAUCGCCUAACCCACCUGCCACUCUCGCUGCUCAAUCUCCGACAGCUGGCGGCCAUCUGGGUGUGUGACAAUCAGAGUCAGCCACUGGUGCCGCUUCAGCGCGAGAUGGCUCCCGACAGCACCCUUAGACUCACCUGCUUCAUGCUCCCCCAGGUGGCCGCCUUGCCAGCUGCCGCCUCUCAUUCCCCCAGCACACCUCCACCACCCUCCUCAGCCAGGCGCAUCCACUUCAAUCAGACCACCGACAGCACCAGUCCAAGUCGCCUGCUACGCAGUCCCACGCCCUAUGCCAAACAGCUCCGUCAGAUGGCACGCAGUGUUCGCAGGGAUAGUUUCCGACAGUCUCCAUCGGAUGGUGUUGAGAUAAAGAUGGCCCGUGUAGCUCCCAUUCCCGAUAGAUCAGCCUGGAUGUUCGGCCAGCACCGGAACCCAACUGUUUUACAGGUGUGUGAAACAACACAGACAUUGGAAAUGUUCCUGGAAUCACAAGAUCUCUUCUUGCAGAUUUCAUUACCAGCCGGAGCAGCUGAGGAUUUGGAAUUAUCCGCCGGAGAAGGGGGUAUCUUUGUGGAAGGCGCAACAGGAGCCGCGGAGGGAAUGCUGCGCCCAAGAGAUAAGAUUCUCGAUGUCGAUGGUGUUGAUUUUACCAAGAUCUCACUGGCUCAGGCAAAACAUGUCCUGGACACAUCGCAUCCUCUAUCACUCAUGAUCUCACGACCCUAAAGCGCAACAUUCCGCAGGCACAAUCCUAGCAAAGUCUGAUUAAUACUUUCCAGUAUGUAUCUAAAUGUAUCUUAAUUAUUACAAAUAAAUAACACAAUCCAGCCAAAA